AUGAUUUCCAAACUAACAAUCGCCGUUCUCCUUCUUGCUUUCUUCGUUUCAUUCUCUGAAUCAGCCGUUGCCCAACAAUUGGUCAAACUUGGAGAAAGAGUCACAAUCGAUAUUGCUCAAGGAAAAUCAGCUUUGUCAAGAACUGUCAAUGGACAAAAAGCUGUUGUUCAAUUCAAAGGAGCAAAGGCCGGAGUUUUCGUUUUGGUAAGUUGAUUUAUCGAAAAAUUCUCGAGAAAAUGAUCAAUUUUCAGAACGGAAAGAAUGUUGAUUCAUCAAACUACGAAGUCAAACCAAAUGGUGUUCUUAUCAUCAAAAAAGUGACAAAGGCUGAUAUCGGAGAAUAUGCACCAGAACCAAAUGACCCAGUUCCAAGAGGAAAUGGUGGAUUUGUUGCCGGACCAGUUCUCGUUCUUUCUUUGGCAUAA